GUGUCCCAUCUAAUCAGAAGGACAUUAUGAAAGAGCUCUUCAAGAACGGCCCAGUAGAGGCAGCGUUCACUGUCUAUGAGGACUUCCUGCAUUAUAAAUCUGGUGUAUAUCAGCACGUGAGUGGAUCUGUACUAGGUGGUCAUGCCAUUAAGAUCCUGGGCUGGGGAGAGGAGAAUAGCGUCCCCUACUGGCUUGCUGCUAACUCUUGGAACACUGACUGGGGUGAUAAUGGAUUUUUCAAGAUUCUCCGAGGUGAGGACCACUGUGGCAUUGAAUCUGAAAUUGUGGCUG